AAGAGUAGUGCUAUAUAAAGGAAGCUAUAGUUGUAUGUUAUAGGGAUAUAGAUUUGAGAGUUUUUCAUUUGAAUAAUAAUAUCAUAUAAUUAUGGGUUCCAUUCAUGAGAAUAGUACCACUACUCAAGAGUUAUCCCAAGGUUAUGUCAAUGUGUACAAACAUAUGCUAAGCUAUGCAAGUUCUAUGGCUCUAAAAUGUGCUAUAGAGUUAGGCAUACCAGAUAUAAUAUUCAACAAAGGCAAAGGCCAAACCAUUACUCUUCAUGAGUUGGCCUCUGCUCUUCAAAUUCCCCCCUCAAGAACUUCCUUCCUUCGUCGCGUGAUGCGUGUACUGGUACACUCUGGUAUCUUCUCAAAUGAGAAACAAGACGACGAUGAUAAGGAAGAAGGAGAAGAAGUAUAUGGUCUUACUCCUUCUUCCAAAUUACUUCUCACCAACGGUAAUAACAAUGGCGUCCCAAGUGUGGGCGGCUAUGUUCUUGCCGUUCUUGAGCCAGUUACUGUAACUGCAUUCAGUUUAAUUGGAAAUUGGCUAAAGAAAGAUAGUCCGCCUUCACCGUUUCAUUUAGCUAAUGAUGAAGGGUUGAGCUUGUAUGAGUAUUGGGGUAAGAAUGUUGAUGGAUUUGGUGACCGUUUGGAUGAAGGAAUGGAAAGUGAUUCCGGAGUUUUAAAAUUUGUUCUCAAGGAUUUUAAGUCUACUUUUGAGGGAAUAACUUCAUUGGUGGAUGUUGGAGGGAAUACUGGAUCAAUGUGUAGGAUGCUCAUUGCUGAAUUUCCUCAUUUGAAAUGCUCAGUUUUUGACCUACCUUAUGCAGUUGAAGCCAAUUCCCAUAAUAGUACUCCAAACUUGAAGUUUAUUGAGGGUGACAUGUUUCAAACAAUCCCUCAAGCUGAUGCAAUUCUUUUCAAGUCUGUUUUAUCAGGUUGUAGUGAUGAGGAAUGCAUGAAGAUUUUGAAGAAUUGUAGAGAAGCAAUUUCAAAGAAUGGUGGAGGAAAGGUUCUCAUAAUAGACAAUAAUGUAAUAGAUAGCAAAAAAGAUGAACAUCAAGAAAUGGAAGCUAAGCUCUACUUUGAUAUGUUAAUGAUGAGUGCUCUGACUGGGAGAGAGAGAACCAAAAAAGAUUGGGAAAAAAUCUUCUUUGAAGCUGGUUUCACUCAUUGUAAAAUUACACACAUGUUUGGUUUAAAGUCACUAAUUGAGGUUUUUCCUUAAUUAAUGAUGGAAUAAUUAAACAAAAUGAGUAUGUGUGUCACCCUUGAAAUAAACAUAUGAUGAUUACUAUUGUGACUAUAAUUGAACACAAGAAAAUCAUCAAUAUGCAAAUGUAUCACCAAGGGAAAUAAAUAUCUACUAGUUCUUUAUUUAUUUAUUUA